AUGUUAUUGUUCAUUUUAAAGAUGGCGGCGGAGGGAGGAGGGAAGGAGUUGAACGAAAUUAAAACUCAGUUCAAUACACGGGAAGGCGUCUAUAAACUCCUCACUCACUCCGAAUAUAGCCGCCCCAACAGGGUGCCUUUUAAUUCCCAGGGUUCAAACCCCGUCAAAGUAUCCUUCGUCAACGUCAAUGAUCAGUCUGGUAACGGCGACAGAAUAUGUUUUAAUGUGGGCCGGGAACUGUACUUCUACAUCUACAAAGGCGUUAGAAAGGCGGCUGACUUGAGCAAGCCUAUCGACAAGAGGAUAUACAAGGGAACACAGCCCACAUGUCAUGACUUCAACCACCUGACGGCCACGGCGGACAGCGUCUCCCUGCUGGUGGGCUUCUCGGCAGGCCAAGUGCAGCUCAUCGACCCCAUCAAGAGGGAGACCAGCAAGCUCUUCAAUGAGGAAAGACUAAUAGACAAAUCCAGAGUGACUUGUGUAAAAUGGGUGCCCGGCUUAGAGAGGUUGUUCCUAGUCGCUCAUUCCAGUGGAAACAUGUACUUGUACAACGUAGAAAACACGUGUGGCACCACGGCGCCUCACUACCAGUUGCUCAAACAGGGCAAGAACUACUCUGUGCACACGUGUAAGAGCAAAUCCACGCGCAACCCUUUGCUCAAAUGGACGGUGGGCGAGGGAGCGCUCAACGAGUUUGCCUUUUCACCCGACGGGAAGUUUCUGGCGUGUGUCAGCCAGGACGGCUUCCUUCGGGUCUUCAACUUUGACGCGGUGGAGCUGCACGGGACCAUGAAAAGCUACUUUGGGGGUCUGCUGUGCAUGUGCUGGAGUCCGGACGGAAAGUACAUUGUCGCGGGGGGCGAGGAUGAUCUGGUGACUGUGUGGUCGUUUGUGGACUGCCGGGUUAUUGCGCGCGGUCACGGACACAAAUCAUGGGUCAGCGUGGUGGCGUUUGACCACUACACAACCAGCGUGGAGGAUGCAGACCCUAUGGAGUUCAACGGCAGCGACGAGGACUUCCAGGGCCUCCACUUUGGUCGCGACCGGGCCAACAGUACGCAGUCCCGGCUCUCCAAACGCAACUCCACAGACAGUCGGACAGUACACACCACGUACAGGUUUGGCUCAGUGGGCCAGGACACUCAGCUGUGCUUGUGGGACCUCACAGAAGAUAUACUUUUCCCCCACCUCCCGCUUUCCCGGACAAGAACACACACCAAUGUGAUGAACGCUACCAGCCCCCCGGCGGGAGGUGAAGUCGCUGGUGACAUAGUGAACAAUGUGAGUAAUAACCCUAGCACGAACGAUAGCGGCGCCAACACCCCCAGUAACUCCCUCUCCUCUCCCCUGCCACGCUCCAACAGCUUACCGCACUCGCCAGCUAUGACUGCCAACAACAAGAGCAGUGCCAUCGCCUCGGGUGUCAGCAAGUUCGCAACGCUCUCCCUUCACGAUCGCAAAGAGCAGCACCAGGAGACGGACCACAAACGGAACCACAGCAUGGGUCACAUUAGCAGCAAGAGCAGUGACAAGCUCAACAUGCUCACCAAAUCCAGAACAGACCCUGCAAAGACUCUGGGGACACCGCUCUGUCCCCGCAUGGAAGACCUACCCCUACUAGAGCCUCUUAUCUGUAAAAAGAUAGCACAUGAGAGACUGACUGUCUUAAUAUUUCUUGAGGACUGUAUAGUGACAGCUUGUCAGGAGGGAUUUAUUUGGACAUGGGCGAGGCCUGGAAAAGUGGGUUUGUCAUCCCAAAAGCAAGCAGUCUCUCCCAGUGGAACGAUAAUAUAGCCAACACUAUUUCUGCUGCUAAGAAACCUGCAUUACACCAGAGCCUGGUGCUGCUCUUCACCCCACAAUGCAUUGCAAGUUUUUUUCCUUUCUCUUGUUACUUUUUCUAUUCUCUCUUUCUUUUUUGGUUAUCAUUCACAUGGUCUAGAUGGUAGAAGUAUUCCAAUACAGAAAUGGAAAGGGUGUGGAGACAUUUUGGACAGUGAUUCUAAUGUAUUUUCUGGAUUUUUUAAAAUGUUUUUUUUUUGUUUUUGUCUCUUUUCGCUCCCACAUCUGGACUUUGAGCUUGGCUUAGUUAGAUGCAAACCAAUCAAAUUAUGCUUGUGUUUUAAAAUGAGAGUUCACCCAACUUUCAUAAUUCCUAUGCAAGUGGUCCAUGGACCAGGAGUGACUGCCACCAGCCGCUACAGUAAAGUAAUGGCGUUCCAUGAGUUGCUCACCAACCAUAGUCUAAAAACUGCACACAAAAAUCUAUUUGUUUAGCCUUUUAUGAUUUUGAAGAUGUGCACUGUCAAAAGGUAUCUAAGUUGCUAGAGUCCCAACUAUUUUCUUGACCUAGCUACAGACGAUCACAGGUUUCAGUGUGCCUUGCCUUCCGUUCAGAAGACAGUCUCAGUCAUCGUAGGUGUGUUUUUUUGCAGUCACUCCUGGCUCAUAGGCUGCAUUCAAGGUAAGAAAAAAGAUUUACAAAUUAAAUUUGAGUGAAAUCCUUUAGCAUCCAAGGAUUUGCUUCUAACCAAAUUCUUUACAAGUGUUUUAUUUAUUUUUAUAGAAUCUCCCCAUUGAGAACUUUGCACAGAUUUUGUUACAGUGACUGCAAAAACCACACCUACGAUGACAGACUGUCUUCUGAAUGGAAGACGAGGCACACCGAAACCUGUGAUCGUCUGUAGCUCGGUCAUUACUAAACAAAAAUAUAAAUACAACAUGAAACGAUUUUAAUGUGUUACAGUUCAUAUAAGGAAAUCAGUCAAUUUAAAUCAAUUCAUAAGGCCCUAAUCUAUGGAUUUCACAUUACUGGGAAUACAGACAUGCAUCUGUUGGUCAGAUGCCAACAAACAAAAAAAGUAGGGGCGUGGAUCGAAAAACCAGUCGGUAUCAGGUGUGACCACCAUUUGCCUCAUGCAGCGUGACACAUCUCCUUCACAUAGAGUUGAUCAGGCUGUCGAUUGUGGCCUGUGGAAUGUUGCCGCUCAAUGGCUGUGCGAAGUUGCUGGAUAUUGGCGGGAACUGGAACACGCUGUUGAUCCAGAGCAUCCCAAACAUGCUCAAUGGGUGACAUGUCUGGUGAGUAACGCAACAUGUUGGUCCCAUUUUUAAUGAGCUGAAAUAAAAGAUUCCAGAAAUGUUCCAUAUGCACAAAAAGCUUAUUUCUCUCAAAUUUUGUGCACAUAUUAGUUUACAUCCCUGUUAGUGAGCAUUUCUCCUUUGCCAAGAUAAUCCAUCCACCUGACAGAUGUGGCAUAUCAAGAAGCUGAUUUAACAGCAUGAUCAUUACACAGGUGCACCAUGUACUGUGGACAGUAAAAGGCCACUUUUUAAAAUGUGUAGAUUUGUCACACAACACAAUGCCACUCAUGUUUUGAAGGAGUGUGCGAUUGGCAUGCAGAAAUGUCCAACAGAGCUGUUGCCAGAGAAUGUAAUGUUCAUUUCUCUACCAUAAGCUGCCUCCAAUGUCGUUUUAGAGCAUUUGGCAGUACAGCCAACUGGCCUCACAACCGUAGGUCACGGACCAUGUGUGACCACACCAGCCCAGGACCUCCACAUCCGGCUUCUUCACCUGUGGGAUCAUCCGAGGAAGGGUGGGGAUUCUCAGAAGUAUUUCUGUCUGUAAUAAAGCCCUUUUGUGGGGAAAAACGUAUUCUGAUUGGCCGGUCCUAGCUCCCAAGUGGGUGGGCCUAUGCCCACUCAUGGCUGCGCCCCUAUCCAGUCAUGUGAAAUCCAUAGUUUAGGGCCUAAUGGAUGUAUUUCAAUUGACUGAUUUCCUUCUAUGAACUGUAAAAUCCUUCAAUUGUAGCAUGUUACGUUUUAUUUUUGUUCAGUAUAGUUUAUUAGAGGAAAUGGCUUUACAUUUUGGGUGUGCAAUAACUCUUGACAGCUGUUAGGAGAAAUGAUUAAAAACCUUUUAUAUCUAGUAAAGGGACACUCUACCCGAAAACUAUAUUUUGAUAUUUUUGUUUUAUAUAGUCCCAAUGUUUUGCAUGUCAGCAAUCAAGUUUUUCAAGAUGUGUAACUUUCUAAAUUAAAUAUACCGGCUGUAUUUCUGUACUUUUAAGUUAUACAGUACAGGUCAAAGGUUUAGACACCUACUCAUUCAAGGGUUUUUCUUUAUUUUUGCUAUUUUCUUCAUUGUAGAAUAAUAGUAAAGACAUAAACAAUUACAUAACACAUAUUGAAUCAUAUAGUAACUAAAAAAGUGUUAAACAAAUCAAAACAUAUUUGAGAUACUUCGAAGUAGCCACCCUUUACCUUGAUGACAGCUUUGCACACGCUUGGCAUUCUCUCAACCAGCUUCACCGGGAAUGCUUUCCAACAGUCUUGAAGGAGUUCCCACAUGCUGAGCACUUGUUGGCUGCUUUUUCUUCACUCGGUCCAACUCAUCCCAAACCAUCUCAAUUGUGUUGAGGUCGGGUUAUUGUGGAGGCCAGGUCAUCUGAUGCAGCACUCCAUCACUUUCCUUACUGGUCGAAUAGCCCUCACACAGUCUGGAGGUGUGUUGGGUAAUUGUCCUGUUGAAAAACAAAUGAUAGUCCCACUAAGCACAAACCAGCUGGGAUGGCGUAUCGCUGCAGAAUGCUGUGGUAGCCAUGCUGGUUAAGUGUGCCUUGAAUUCUAAAUAAAUCAGUGUCACCCACAAAGCACCAUCACACCACCUCCUCCGUGCUUCACGGUGGGAACCACACAUUCAGAGACCGUUCACCUACUCUGCGUCUCACAAAGACACGGCGGUUGAAACCAAAAAUCUCCCAUUUGGACUCAUCAGACCAAAGGACAAAUUUCUACCGGUCUAAUGUCCAUUACUCGUGUUUCUUGGCCCAAGCAAGUCUCUUCUUCUUAUUGGUGUACUUUAGUAGUGGUUUCUUUGCUGCAAUUUGACCAUGAAGGCCUGAUUCAUGUAAUAAGGGGUGGCAGGUAGCCUAGUGGUUAGAGCAUUGGGCCAGUAACCAAAUCCCUGAGCUGACAAAGUAAAAAAUCAGUGUGGCAGAUGGUAGACCAAAAACAAAAAUCUGUCGUUCUGCCCCUGAGGAAGGCGCAGAAAACGUGGAUGCCAAUUUAAGGCAGCCCCCCGCACCUCUCUGAUUUCAGAGGGGUUGGGUUAAAUGCAGAUUACACAUUUCAGUUGAAGUCAUUCUGUUGUACAACUGACUAGGUAUCCUCCUGUCCCUAAUGUUGAUGUCUGUUACUUGAACUCCGUGAAGUAUUUAUUUGGCUGGUACAGUAAAACUGGGAACUCUAAUGAACCUAUCCUCAGCAGCAGAGGUAACUCUGGGUCUUCCUUUCCUGUGGCGGUCCUCAUGAGAGCCAGUUUCAUCAUAGCGCUUGAUGGUUUUAGCGACUGCACUUGAAGAAACGUUCAAAGUUCUUGAAAUGUUCCGUAUGUCUUAAAGUAAUGAUGUAAUGUUUGAUCUUUGCUUAUUUGAGCUGCUCUUGCCAUAAUAUAGACUUGGUGUUUUCCCAAAUAUGGCUAUCUUCUGUAUACCAGCUCUACCUUGUCACAGCACAACUGAUUGGCUCGAUUCUUAAGAAGGAAAGAAUUCCACAAAUUACUUUUAACAAGGCACACCUGUUAAUUGAAAUGCAUUCCAAGAGUGUGCAAAGCUGUCAAAGGCAAAGGGUGGCUACUUUGAAGAAUCGCAAAUACAUUUUGAUUUGUUUAACACUUUUUUUGGUUACUACAUGAUUCCAUAAGUGUUAUUUCAUAGUUUUGGUGUCUUCACUAUUAUUCUACAAUGUAGAAAAUAGUUUUUUUUAAAUCUGAAAAACCCUGGAUUGAGUAGGUGUGUCCAAACUUUUGACUGGUACUGUAUAUCUUAACAUGCAAAACAUUUUCGGACUAUAUCAACAAUGGAUUAAUGAAACAAAUACCAAAAUAUUUUUUUCUGUGUCGGGUUUUCCUUUAAGCAUUUAUUGUAAUUAUUUCAAAUUUAAAUCUGCUUUAAAUCAUAUUAUUGGAAUUCAGUGAGUGAUCGGGGUAAUAGCAAAUUAUUACUGUAGUGUAAGUUCUAAUGCAGAAAAAUAUACAUUAAUUAUAUAAAAAUCUUGACUAUGCAGUUUUCUUUUCUCUUGUACAAAAUUCAUCCAGAUGUAUUUUGAUAUGAUUAAUGUAUUAAAUGCUUGAAAUAAACGCUUAAAAUAAUCACAAUGUGCAGAAGUCAGACAAAGCUGCUGUCAACUUCACAAAUAUUAUGAAGCUCAGGAAGUCUUAGACUAUGAUAAAGAAAAUCUAUAUUUUGCUUACCAUCAGCAAUGCUUUUCUAUGUGUCCCAAAAGACCCACAGUAGGACCUUGUUCCAUGUGACACCUAUUUAAGGGGUUAGGUGACUCCACACUAACCACAGAAGGAACGAAUGGUGAAGUGAAUAUAUUUUUUGAUUGUGGUUAACAUUUGACACGUUUUUUUAUUCUUCAUUAAAAAGGUAUAUAUUCUAUUA